ACUGACGUCGAAAUUCAGCCUGAAAGGACCCGGUUUUGCGGUUGCAUCAUGAGCAAGCCAUCAUCGUCUCAUAUGUGUCUGCGAUAAUACGACUUGACUUACGCAACUGUUUCAGCUGCUAACCCACGCCAAAGUUUUACGAGCGUAAGAUAAAGAAAGGAAAAAGCGAAUAGUUUAUUCGAAUAAUCGGCCGGUGUGAAAAGAGGACGAAAUGAUUCGGAGAACACGUAUGGCACAUGAUUGCAAUAAGUAGAAAGCACCUUCUUCUUCGUCCGAGGAAAUCGCGAAAUCCUUAAGCCCGAUUGGUCGACGCCUUGUGUGGGAUUUCGUGGUAGCCCUUAUAGAUCGGCGAAGCGGAUCCACGAUUCAAUCGUUGACUUGUGUUGAAACUAGCUGGAGCCAGUCAUAAGCACGCAAUUUGCUCUGCAAGAGGUAUCGAAAAGAUGUUUUGGUGCUGCGGGUUUUUCAACUUUCUUCUUCUAUUUGGCAAUGUUGCGUAUAGCGAAAUCUUGAAGAGCAGAGUACGACGCCAAGAUUCAUCCGCACAAAAUGGUCAACUGAUAGAUAACAUCUUUAACAUUCCGAUCACAGCGAUUAGACAAACCGCUGCCGUCGCUCAAGCCUUUUCGCCGGAGAAUACACAGACAAUCGACAAUAUUGUUAAAAUCCCCGUUUCGACUCUAGAAGCUGUCGGCACACUUGUAAAAACUACAACGGAGCAAAGGCAGCAAAAUGCGGAGAGAAUUCGUAAUCGUCAAGAGUGGAGAGAACGGUUGAUGGCCAUAAAGGAGCAAAAAAGGAAGCGAAAACAGGAAACUCAAGACCAACGAACUCAACUGACAAGAGUUGUCAGGCAUUAUCACAAGGAUCCAUUUGGAUUAAACGCGUGGAGCGAUCUUUUGUUUGGGCAUCACUCUAGAUUAGGUGGCACCCACAGGCUUCAUGGGGGCCAUGGAGGUUUGCACGGCCACGGAAUUCACGAUAGUCACGGUGGACUUUUGGGAAACCGCCCGCAACACGUGUACGAGGUCCACAAGGAUGUUAAUGAAGAUACAUCUUUUUCUUGGCAUGGAUUAACCGCUGGAUUCGGUAGUUUCCAUGGAACUCGACCUUCUAGUACUGCCAUCAAAAUCGAGAAUAAGAUUGCUCCGAAAGAAGAGAGGCAGAAGAUACCCAAAUAUCCGAACGUUGAUGUAAACUCCCAGAAUAAAAUCACGAAGAUUAGAAAUAAGCCGAUACGUGAAUACAACGACGAUUCGCCAAUACAAAAUAAAAUUGCACCGAGAAACGGAAAAGUAGCAUUUGUGCGAUAAUAAUGUAUAUACGGAAUAAUGUUAUAUAUAAUCUUUAUUUUUGAUAAGCAUCCAUCAUUCUUACAUCGUUCUGCAGAUCUUAUAUCUUGCGUUUAUUUUUAUCGUACAAAUUUCCUCUUAGAAAUAUACAAUUUCAUUAAAUCUAUUAAACCAACAUAUAAUAUUUAUAAUAAUAAUAAUA